AUGACUCCAGAUAAAAAUAAACUUCAGUCUUUAAAAGAUAAAGUUAUAAAUAGCUUUAUGUAGACUUAGCAAAGUCUUAACCAGAAUUAGUAAAAUUCUAAUCAUAUUAGCUUCAUUUAAAGAGACAGAAACAAUCCUAAAUAGCAAAGCUUAUUAGGCCUCCCUCCAAAGCAUCCAAUGUAAAAAUAAAGACAAGGGAAUACAUAGUUUAAAACCAAUAUUCAGAGUGCACUCUCACCUGCUAGCAGACUUUCAACGUUGAAAAACAAUGACUAAGAUGAAAGCCCUUAUUAUCUUUUAGAUUCUAAUGCUCAAAAUUCUCCAAUGAGAUCACCGAAGAAUGAGUUCGAAAAUAGUUUUGUUAAAGUAAUGGAUAAAAAUGAUUUUCAAGAUAAAUCCCCUCUCCAAGAAAAUAAUUACCAAGAGCAGUUCCAAGGAUUUAAAACAAAGACAAUGUUCAAUGAAUAUUACAAGUCGAGCAUUCAAAAGUAACGCGGAAGACAAGCUGAGUUAUAAAGAGUUAGUAUGGGAUCAAGCAAGUUCUCAUAAGCAGACUAAAAUUCAAUAUAGAGAUUCCCAAAUGAACUAUACAGUUCAAACAAUACGAUAUAAUUUUCAAGAGGAAAUGAAAACUUUAAUUUCAACUAAAACAACUUGCAUUCUCCAAUGCCUGAUAUGGGAGGUAGCAAUCCUCAUGAAAAUAGAAGUGAGAGAAGCAAUUUAAAUCAAUCUUAAAACAACAAUAAUGACAGAUAAGAAUAAGUUACGUUUAGAUCAAGAGGGAGAUUAUAAAUUAAUUCUCCUCAUUUACACAAUGGAUCUCAGUUUGAGAAUCUGAGUUAAAGAGAUCACGAAUAGCAAAGCAGUGAAUAUGAUAUAAAAGAAAUUGAAGAUGAUAACAGUCAUUAUCUCUCUGAUCAAAGAGUUUCGAGGUUUUAAUAGUGA